UGACUGAGCAGCCUUUUUUUUUUUCUUUGCAGAGCCACAAGGACAGAUUCCAGAAGCCAGGAAAGCACACCUCCAAUCUCAGACAUGUCCAGCAAAGGCUCUGUGGUCCUGGCCUACAGUGGCGGCCUGGAUACUUCCUGCAUCCUCGUGUGGCUGAAGGAACAGGGCUAUGAUGUCAUCGCCUACUUGGCAAACAUCGGCCAGAAGGAAGACUUCGAAGAAGCCAGGAAGAAGGCGCUAAAGCUUGGGGCCAAAAAGGUAUUCAUCGAGGAUGUCAGCAAGGAGUUUGUGGAGGAGUUCAUCUGGCCAGCAGUCCAGUCCAGUGCUCUGUAUGAGGACCGCUACCUCCUGGGAACCUCCCUGGCCAGGCCCUGCAUUGCCCGCAAGCAGGUGGAGAUUGCCAUGCGGGAGGGAGCCAAGUACGUGUCUCAUGGAGCCACUGGAAAGGGGAAUGAUCAGGUCCGGUUUGAGCUCACCUGCUACUCCCUGGCCCCCCAGAUUAAGGUCAUUGCCCCCUGGCGGAUGCCCGAGUUCUACAACCGUUUCCAGGGCCGCAAUGACCUGAUGGAGUACGCCAAGCAACAUGGAAUCCCCAUCCCGGUCACCCCCAAAAGCCCCUGGAGCAUGGACGAGAACCUCAUGCACAUCAGCUAUGAAGCUGGGAUCCUGGAGAACCCCAAGAACCAAGCUCCUCCAGGCCUCUACACAAAGACCCAGGACCCAGCAAAAGCCCCCAACAGCCCUGACAUCCUAGAGAUUGAGUUCAAGAAAGGGGUCCCAGUGAAGGUGACCAAUGUCAAGGAUGGUACCACCCACCGCACUUCCCUGGAGCUCUUCAUGUACCUGAAUGAAGUCGCAGGCAAGCAUGGUGUGGGCCGCAUCGACAUUGUGGAGAAUCGAUUCAUUGGGAUGAAGUCCCGAGGUAUCUACGAGACCCCAGCAGGGACGAUCCUCUACCACGCUCAUUUAGACAUCGAGGCCUUCACCAUGGAUCGGGAAGUGCGCAAAAUCAAACAAGGCCUGGGCUUGAAAUUCGCUGAGCUGGUGUACACAGGUUUCUGGCACAGCCCCGAAUGUGAGUUUGUCCGUCACUGCAUUGCCAAGUCCCAGGAGCGUGUGGAAGGAAAAGUGCAGGUGUCCGUCUUCAAGGGCCAGGUUUACAUCCUCGGCCGCGAGUCCCCGCUGUCCCUCUACAAUGAGGAGCUGGUGAGCAUGAACGUGCAAGGGGAUUAUGAGCCCAUCGAUGCCACUGGUUUCAUCAACAUCAACUCCCUCAGGCUGAAGGAAUAUCAUCGCCUCCAGAGCAAGGUCACCACCAAAUAGAGGGGCUGACAAUGAGGAUCCGGGCUUCCUCACUUUGCCCAUCUCCCAAGUACAGACACUAAUUGUUGUGAUAAUUUGUAAUUGUGACUUGUUCUCCCUGGGCUGGCAACCUAGUAGGGGUGCCAGGCCCCAGCUUUGUUCCCUGAUCCCCUGUAGCUUGCAAAAAGUGGUCAGCAUAGGCAAGAGCUGGGGACAGCCACAGUCAGAGCUGUAAAAUAACAAUUAAAAAAAAAAAAAGAU